AUGAGUGAUGAAGGCUUAGAUCGGAUUUGUGUUGAUUCUGAUGGUGUGUUAUUCGUCGGCAAUCUGGAGUCGCGUCGGGAGGUCGCCGGUGGUUCGCCUGAAUCGCAUAGAGUUCAACAACAACCUCGGGUUUUCUUUGCCAAUGUUUUGAUUGAAAGGUUCACCUUAGGGGUCAUGAUAACUACGAGGAAGCUAAGACACAAAUUUCAAGGACACCGUGCCAUGAUGAAAACCAACUACCCCAUUCGUCAGGUUCUGAAGAAGGCAAAUCUUACAGAAUGA